AUGGACAGUGGAGACGAGUUUUUCUUCCAUCACUUCCUUUGUUCAUCGGACGAUUCAUCGUCGGAUGAUGAAGAUCUUGUGGUGGCUGCACUGGUCGUUCACGACCACAUUCAACGGCAGCUUCCUCGGUACAGGGGGUCAGUCCCUGGCCGUGCUCCCAACCUGAACCGCAACAGGGAGAGAGGCUACGCCCUGCUCUGUGCCGAUUACUUUGCCAACACCCCGCUCUUCAAGCCGGAUAAAUUCCGUCACCGUUUUCUAAUGGCAAGGCAUGUGUUCAAUCGUAUCCGAGAGGGAGUGGUUGCUCAUGACCCAUACUUCGAGUGCAAGACGGAUGCCCUUGGCAAGCUUGGAUUCUCCUCUUACCAGAAAUGCACCACGGCCAUCUGCAUGCUUGCAUAUGGAAUUCCAGGCGAUCUGGUGGAUGAGUAUGCUGUGAUCGAGGUGUUUGGCCCAGAGUACUUGAGGCAGCCAAUUGCCGCUGAUACAGAGAGAUUGUUGGCGACCAACGCAGCUAGAGGCUUUCCAGGCAUGCUUGGCAGCAUAGAUUGUUCUCACAAUGAUAUCAACGUGCUGCAGUGUUCUCCAGUCUUCGCGAGGCUUGCAGAAGGCCACUCCCCACCUGUCAACUCUGAGAUCAACGGCCAUCAGUACAACAAGGGAUACUAUCUAGCAGAUGGUAUAUAUCCUCAGUGGUCAACUUUUGUGAAGACAAUCUCGAAACCCCAAGGUGAGAAGAGAAAGAGAUUUGCCCAAAUGCAAGAGAGUGUUAGAAAGGAUGUGGAACGUGCUUUUGGUGUGCUUCAAUCCCGGUGGGGUAUCGUUCGAAACUCUGCACUGUCAUGGGAUGAAAGAAAGCUUUGGGAGGUGAUGAAUGCUUGUGUGAUCAUGCACAACAUGAUCGUCGAGGACGAGCGUGAUGAGAGUAUCUUCGACCAAGGAUUUGAUUAUCAAGGUGAAAAUAUUGAGCCCCUGCACCAAGACUCGGCCACAUUUGAACAGUUUGCCCAAUUCCACCGUGAGAUGCGUGAUUGGCACACUCAUUUGAAUCUUCAAAAUGACUUGGUUGAGCACGUGUGGGCUCACAUUGGCAACCAAUAG